CGCUGCGAGAAAGAGCGCCCCAGCGACACUCGCCGCGCUCCACCCACCCACCCGCAUCUCGGUCUCCCUGUCCGCGCGCAGCCAUGGCCGACGCAUACGAAUACGACGUGGAGGAAGAGGAGCUGUACGAGGACGACGACGGCAUCGCCUCGUCCGACUGCUGGGCCGUCAUCACCUCCUUCUUCGACACGAAGGGCCUUGUCUCGCAGCAGCUCGACUCGUACGACGAGUUCACGCGCAACACCAUCCAGGACAUUGUCUCCGAGAACGGCAACGUCAUCCUCGACCAGAACACAAACUCGUACGACGACGACCACAACCCCAUCAUCAAGCGCCGCUACCAGAUCUCCUUUGGCCGCGUCUUCCUCGCGCGGCCUACGCACACCGAAGGCGAUGGCACCACCAUCCAGCUGUACCCCCACGAGGCGCGGCUGCGCAAUCUCACCUACUCCUCCGCCAUGAUGGCGCACAUCGACAACAAGAUCAUGGUGGCGCGCGAAGUCACAGACGUGGACGACGACGACGAGGGCGUGGAGCAGUUUGGGGGUUCGUCGAUCAAGUGGGAGCGGGAGGACCUGCCGUCGAGCGACGGCCACGAGAACAGGGUCUUCUUAGGGAAGCUGCCAGUCAUGCUUCGCUCGGAGCUGUGCCACCUGCGAAACCAGAACGACGAGGCCUUGUUCGGGCUCAACGAGUGCCCCUACGACCAGGGUGGCUACUUCGUCAUAAACGGCAGUGAGAAGGUGUUGAUCGCUCAGGAGCGCAGUGCCGCCAACAUUGUCCAAGUCUUUCGCAAGAAGCAAGGUCCGAUCCCGUGGAUCGCCGAAAUCCGCAGCGCUGUCGAGAAGGGUACGCGCCUCAUCUCGUCCUUCAACAUCAAGUGGGCGGAGAACUCGCUGCAUCAGGCGCGAACACCGGGUCCUUUUGCAUACGGCAUGCUGCCGUACGUCAAAUCCGAUGUGCCCAUGGGCAUCGUGUUCCGUGCGCUCGGUGUAGUAUCAGACGAGGAUAUCCUAAACCACAUCUGCUAUGACAAAAGCGAUACAGCUAUGAUGGAGCUGCUGAAGCCUAGUAUCGAAGAAGCCUCCGUCGUGCAGGACAAGGAUAGCGCGUUGAACUGGCUCGGUAGUCGCGCACAAGGAAACCAGCAGGGUCCGAAAGACAAGCGUCUCAAGUUUGCGCGGGACAUCAUGCAGCGAGAAUUUCUGCCGCACAUCUCGCAAAGGGAAGGCCAGGACACGCGCAAGGCCUUCUUCUUCGGCUACAUGCUCCACCGCUUGCUUCAGUGCGUUUUGGGCCGCCGAGAGGAGGACGACCGUGACCAUUUCGGAAAGAAGCGUUUGGAUCUUGCAGGACCACUGAUUGCGAAUCUGUUCCGUAUCCUGUUCCUCAAGCUCACCAAGGACGUCUUCAGAUAUCUUCAGCGAUGUGUGGAGAACAACCAGGAGUUCAAUGUUCAGAUGGCUAUUAAGGCUAGUAUCCUUACUAACGGACUGAAGUACUCCUUAGCAACGGGAAACUGGGGUGACCAGAAGAAAGCAGCCUCCGCCAAAGCCGGUGUGUCGCAAGUGUUGAACCGGUAUACCUACGCAUCCACCUUGUCUCAUCUUCGGCGGACAAACACCCCCGUUGGUCGAGACGGCAAGCUAGCGAAGCCGCGCCAGCUUCACAACAGUCAUUGGGGUCUUGUCUGCCCUGCCGAGACACCCGAAGGACAAGCGUGUGGGCUCGUCAAGAACCUGUCGCUCAUGUGCUACGUAAGUGUAGGUAGUGAAAGCGCGCCUAUCAUUGACUAUAUGUCGGGCCGUAACAUGGAGCUCCUAGAGGAGUACGACCCGACAAUGAAUCCCAGCGCUACCAAGGUUUUCGUCAACGGUGUCUGGGUGGGAACACACAACAACCCACAACAACUUGUCACAAACGUUCAAGAACUUCGCCGAAACGGAACCCUGUCGUACGAAAUGAGUUUGGUUCGAGACAUUCGGGAUCGCGAGUUCAAGAUCUUCACGGAUGCUGGUCGUGUCAUGCGGCCGCUUUUUACCGUCGAAAACGACUCUAAGAAGCCGAACAAAGAUCAAUUGAUCUUCAACAGGUACCAUCUCGAGAAGCUUUUGCGAGAUAAAGAAGUGGACACAUCUGGCAUGAACGAAGAAGACACCGACGCUCACCAAUAUGGUUGGAAAGGUCUGCUUCACGACGGUUGCGUUGAGUAUCUUGAUGCCGAGGAAGAAGAGAGUGCUAUGAUUGUCAUGUCGCCCGAAGAUUUGACUGAUUGGCGUCAAGUGACCAAAGAGGGUCAAAUAGAACCUGGAAAGCCGGAUUAUACGCUAGAAGAGCACAAGCCUUUGCGUCUUGCGCCUCUCAAGCCUCCGGUCAACAGAACGGUCAACGCAUACACCCAUUGCGAGAUUCACCCCGCCAUGAUCCUCGGUAUCUGCGCCAGUAUCAUUCCGUUCCCCGACCACAACCAAUCUCCUCGUAACACCUACCAAUCUGCUAUGGGCAAACAAGCCAUGGGCGUCGCACUGACGAACUAUGCGCUGCGUAUGGAAACGAUGAUGAACGUUCUCUACUAUCCUCAGAAACCGUUGGCUACUACACGUUCCAUGGAAUACCUCCGGUUCCGUGAACUGCCUGCUGGACAGAAUGCCAUUGUGGCUAUUGCCUGCUACUCCGGCUACAACCAGGAAGAUUCCGUCAUUAUGAACCAGAGUAGUAUUGAUCGCGGCCUUUUCAGGAGUCUGUUCUACCGUGCAUACACGGAGCAAGAGAAGCGCAUCGGUGUCAACGUUCUGGAACAGUUCGAGAAACCGACGCGCAUGGAUACGAUGAGGAUGAAGGGUGGCACAUACGAUAAGCUCGAUGAUGACGGCAUUGUCGCACCGGGUGUUCGUGUCUCUGGUGACGAUAUCAUCAUUGGAAAGACGGCACCUAUUCCGAACGACGAUGCCAAGGAGCUGGGUCAAAAAUCGGCCAACCACACGAAGCGCGAUGUUUCCACUCCGCUGAGGAGUACGGAGAACGGUAUCGUCGAUCAGGUUCUCUUUACGACAAACACCGAAGGCCUGCGAUUCGUCAAAGUGCGCACACGUACCACCAAGGUACCACAGAUCGGUGACAAGUUCGCCUCACGUCACGGUCAGAAGGGUACCAUUGGUAUCACGUACCGUCACGAAGACAUGCCCUUCACUCGGGAUGGUCUGACGCCGGAUCUUGUCAUUAACCCCCACGCCAUUCCGUCUCGUAUGACCAUCGCUCAUUUGGUCGAGUGUUUGUUGUCCAAAGUCGGCGCCAUCAACGCGCAGGAGGGUGAUGCGACUCCCUUCUGCGGCGUCACCGUUGACCACGUCUCCGAUCUUCUGGAGAAAGCCGACUUCCAGAAGCGCGGUUUCGAGAUCAUGUACAAUGGCCACACAGGUCGGAAGAUGCGAGCCCAGGUCUUCUUGGGUCCAACGUAUUACCAGCGCCUGAGGCAUAUGGUCGACGACAAGAUCCACGCACGUGCGCGUGGGCCUCUUCAGAUUCUCACUCGACAGCCUGUCGAGGGUCGUGCGCGUGACGGUGGUCUCCGCUUCGGAGAGAUGGAGCGCGAUUGCAUGAUUGCGCACGGUGCGGCGGCUUUCCUCAAGGAGCGUCUGUUCGAGGUCUCGGAUGCGUAUAGAGUCCAUGUGUGCGAUAUCUGUGGGUUGAUGAGCCCGAUUGCGCAAAUCAAAAAGGGCCAAUACGAGUGCCGUCCUUGCCACAACAAGACGCGCAUCAGCCAAAUCCAGAUCCCUUACGCCGCCAAGCUUCUCUUCCAGGAGCUCAUGGCCAUGAACAUCGCCACCCGCAUGUUCACCAACCGCUCCGGUCUCAGCGUAAGAGACUAGCACUCUGCCUAUUGUGCAGCUGAGUCUGUUCCACGAGGGAUGAAGCGCUGAUGUGGAGCCCGAUCCGAUCAUCCGCUCUUCCCCUGUCCGUUUUUGUGCUUUGUUUACAUGCGCUUUGACGCUAAACCCCCAAAAACCUUCUCCAAUUCUUUAUUUUCGUUUGCAUUGCGCUGGCGUUUGUGUCGUGGAUAUGGGUUGACUUGACCCUCAGAUUGGCACUGUGUACAGCUUUCUCGGGUCUUACGUUGAAUUUACGGCUUGCGUGGAUGGGUCGCAGACAGAUAUAGGAAUACCAGAGAUAUGUGCUGAUGCGAUUUGUAUAGAUAGAGAAGUAUCGAUGAGCUUCGCUUUGG